GGGAGAUUCAUAGAUUGACAUAUGCACUCGGGGAACCUACAGAACGCGAUCGUGCCUUUCUGGCACUGCAGAAUCAGUUCUUGGACCAGAAACUCCAUCCUUCAUGUGUCAUGUCUGGAAGACAUGGGGUCUACUCAUUGCUUGAUACACUUUUUCACAACGCAAUAUUUGGGCGUGCAUUUCAAUGGACGGAAAAUGAUGAUGUACAAAAACUCGAAUUCCAAUACUACAGCAGUUUAUUGAGUUCCUUUUGGAUACUGGUGUGCGGUCCUGCUACCACGAUAAUCCUAUGAAUAAUGUUGUGUGGUGUACACCUUGCCUUGAAAAGGAGCAUGUUCCAUUAAUCGCGCGUCUGGCUGAUGCUGGAUUCAGCUUUGACAUAAGUGCUACUUACCAUAGUUUUAGAUCUAACACCAGGCGUAACCUGCAGCUGAUACUUUCUAACAAUGAUGAUGAAUUGGUAAAAGCAACAGAAAGCGCAAAGCUUAUUUAUCGCGAAAAGGCCGAAGAGCUUAGGGAAGCACUUCGCCAGAGGCAAAUUUCACCUGAUGAAAAAAUUGGAGGGUACCUAUUACUUGAAAUGGCCCUUGGCUGGACAGAAGGUGUAAGGGUCCUUCUUGAAUUCGGAGGAGAUGCAAGGCACUAUUUUCCCUUUCUUCUUGAUCAUGGCGUAGAGUGUCAUCACUCAGUUGCUUUGUUGUUGAGAGCAGGAUGCCUUCUCUCUAAGCAGCAACUCAAUGAAAGUGUCUCUUGCAAUGAUGAAGGAGAAAGAAUGAUGCUUCUGGUUAAUGAAGUGGCGGUAAGACGGAAAAGGCUGCGAACACUUGCAGAGGCUUUCUUACCGUCCGCAAUGAUACCCAACUUCAACGAAAAGACGCUGCUCGAUGGACCAGACUGUGCCAAAGUCUAUGACUUGCUGGUUGCUCGCAAUAUAGAAGUCCCUUGUCCAUUCCUAUUGGUUGCUUAUUCCUUCUCAGAGUAUAGCUUUGGAAACACUGUUUACCAUGAGUUGUACCGAAAGGAGUGUGCCGAAGCAUUAUACAACGCGGGAUUCCACGACACUGAUCUGCUCGACUUGGAAGGGCACUCACCACUUGGCUCUCUAGGGCAAAACUGCGAUUUUCGUCGCCUUGACGAACUAACUGAAAUCAUUAUUUGGCACAUCUCCAAAGGUGAUUCAUGCUUGUUCAUUACCAGGAGCAUCACUUGCUUCCGACCAUUUAUUGCAUAUCAGCGGGAUUGAAAAGGCUUUACAGGAAUUGAGCGCAAUGGGUGGUGAUAUCUUUUUACCGCCAAAUAUCCCAGAUGGGUGCUCCUGUCCUUCUCCUCUGGU